AUUAUCAGGUUGCAAAUUUCAAUCACUUUCAGUGGUGUUAAAUUUUGUUUGUGUGGGAAAUUUCAAUCGCGUGCACCUUUGACAUGGAUUACGAGGAAUUUCUCACUCUCCACAAGACUCAACUACAAGCAUCUGGUGUGCCAGAACACUUCUGGCCGACGGUGCACAGCAAAAUCAGGUGCGAUGUGUUCGAUGCUGGAGAACGAUUCAGGAUGGGCUACGAUGCCGAUGAGAGUCUGUGGCGUGUUGAAAUCAUUGGAGAGUCCACUCUGAGUGUCACCGAUGCCAACAAUGUUUAUUUGGUGGACCAUGCUUGGACUUUUGAGUCAGUUCAAGCAGCCAAACACCAGCUGAAGCAAGUACCCAGUCUGUUGAUCCGUAUGGCACAGCUUGUAGAGUAUGACUUUGGAGACAAUGCUGUGGACGCUAGUGAUGAGAAUGCAUACGAUGCACUUAUUGAUAGUGUCAUCGACCAGUUAUGGAGAUAUAUACAUCAGUAUCGUAUUGUCAACCAAGAACAAGCUGAGCAGAAGCCCAUCUGGUAUGUGCUAGAUGAGUUUGGCUCGCGUAUACAGCACUCAGACACGCCAACGUUCAAAAUGGCCCCUCUCCUUUUUGGCCCGGAUCGUGUUGGCUAUACACUGAUGUGGCCGCUAUGUGACGUUGAUGUGGGCGACGAAGCAACAGUGGACUACGCAUUUGGUGUAGAGUCUGAUAUGGCGCGUGCUGCACGCCUUGCUCCCUGGUUUCCGCAGCUUUUGCCGGAACUGGUCAAGUCGGAUUCUAGCUGUCUGGAUGUGAAGGCAGCUGAGGUGGCUGAGGAGCGCUGUGGGGAGAAGCUGCCCACAGCAGCCGCAGGUGCACAGCAAGAUGGUCCCUCUCCCGAUCGGCGCCCGUUGAAAGUGUUCACAGAUCAGGACCUUAUUAAAGGUUUUCUCUCAGAUUCUCGGUUCACUAUUGUUGACGAGCCCGAGGAUGCCGAUAUCUUCUGGGUGGCAAUACACUUCAAGGACUUUGAGGGAUUGGCCAAACGCAGCCACUUCACAUUCAUAAACCAGUUCCCUUGUGAGAAUGUACUCACCUGCAAGGAUUUGCUGGUGAAAACUUCCCGGCGUGCUGUAUCUGAAGGCAUCUCGUCAUCAGCACAAGCCACAUCUGUUCCCCGUGGUACUGAAGUACCUGACUGGCUACCCGAAUCUUACGACAUGGUUACGGAGUUGCCACAGCUUGUGUCUCGUUUCUUCAGCAAGGCCGAGGAUGAGGAGGACAACUACUGGAUCUGCAAGCCAUGGAACUUGGGUCGCAGUCUCGACAUUCAUGUUGUGAACAACCUAGCCCAACUUGUCCAGCUGUCACAAACUGGUCCAAAGGUUGCUUCACGUUAUUUGACCAGGCCAGUCUUGUUUGAUAGGGAGGGUGUUGGCAGGGUGAAGUUUGACUACCGUUACAUCGUCUUCCUGAAGUCGGCACAACCACUGCAGCUAUACGUCUACAAGGUGUUCUGGCUGCGCUUUGCUAACGUGCCAUUCAGCCUGCAACAGCUGGAGAAUUAUGAUCGUCACUUUACGGUGAUGAACUAUGUAGAGGAAGGCACAAAGCUUCACCAAAUCAACUGCGAGCAAUUUGCCCCGAUGUUUGAUGAGCAAUUCCCGCAGACAAGCUGGGCAGCUGUAGAGCAAGAUACAUUCGAAGCGAUCAAGGAGCUGUUCCGAGCAGCGGUGACUGGUGAAGCACCCGCUGCUAUUGCGCCAUGUGCCAACUCGCGUGGUCUCUACGCCCUGGACAUCAUGGUGGAGUGGCGCGGAGAAGGGGAGCAUAAGAUGCAGCCGCAGAUUUUGGAGGUCAAUUUCACACCAGAUUGCAUUCGCGCGUGCAAGUACCACCCACAGUUCUACAACCACACGUUCCGAACCCUCUUCUUGGACGAGGAGCUGGAUGAGACUGUUGUACGCCUCAUCUAGAUACAUGUAUCUCUUGCACAGACACAAGAGAGGUAUGCUUGCCUUCUGGCUUGGGAACCCGUGCACGUGAGAUGUUUAGUUUGUACACGAGGUCCCACAGAGCAUUGCGUGUGUGUGUGUGUGUGGGUGUGCGUGCGAGCUUGAUACAACGGCAUCCGUAAGGGUGUAUGUUUGUGUGUUGUGUGCAUGUUUUUAACAAUUUGUUAGACCAAUUUCACUCUGCCAGUAUUUACCUGGGUAAGAGUUCAUUAGAACGCUGUUCAUAUUAUUUUCAUGGCAUUAGCAUAUUCUGUGUUUGCUGUGCACUUUGAAUGACUGCUUUUGACUCUC